UCUGACACUCACACGUAUUGUUGGACCAAACUAGCAGCUUCCUCUGAGUGAGUCCAGCUACAGGAGAGAAAAGUGGAAAACUCCAUCACUGCUGCUUCAAGCUGCUGACGCUCCACACACUGAAUCUUCACUCACAGACUCAAUGGCUUCCAGAUCAGAGGAGGAUCUCUGCUGUCCGGUCUGUCAGGAGGUCUUCAGAGAUCCUGUUCUUCUGUCAUGUAGCCACAGCUUCUGUAAAGACUGUCUGAAGAGAUGGUGGAGAGAGAGACCAACAUACGAGUGUCCAGUUUGUAAGAAAAUAUCAGUGUAUGAUCCACCUUUAAACCGGGCUCUAAAGAACCUGUGUGAGUUGUUCUUACAGGAGAGAGAUCGGAGAGCUUCAGAGGCUCUCUGCAGUCUGCACUCUGAGAAACUCAAACUCUUCUGUCUGGACCAUCAGCAGCCAGUGUGUGUCGUCUGCAGAGACUCAGAAAAACACACCAACCACAGAUUCAGACCCAUCGAUGAAGCUGCACAACAACACAAGAAGGAACUUCAGGAAACUCUGGAGCCCUUAAAGGAGAAGUUAAAGGUUUGUGAAGAAGUUCAAGUGAAGUUUGAUCAAACAGCAGAACACAUUAAGGUCCAGGCCCGACACACAGAGAGGCAGAUUAAGGAGCAGUUUAAGAAGCUUCACCAGUUUCUAGCAGAGGAAGAGGAGGCCAGGCUGGCUGCACUGAGGGAGGAAGAGGAGCAGAAGAGUGGGAUGAUGAAGGAGAAGAUGGAGGCUCUGAGCAGAGAGAUAGCAGCUCUUUCAGACACAGUCAGAGCCACAGAGGAGGAGCUGAGAGCUGAAGACGUCUCAUUCCUGCACAACUACAAGGCUGCAGUGGAAAGAGUCCAGCGCUGCCCCCUGCUGGAUGAUCCACAGCUGCCCUCAGGAGCUCUGAUAGACCAGGCCAAACACCUGGGCAACCUGACCUUCAACAUCUGGAACAACAUGAAGGACAUGGUCUCCUACACUCCUCUCAUUCUGGACCCAAACACAGCAUGUCCAGAACUCAUCCUGUCUAAGGAUCUGACCAGUGUGAGAGGAGGAGAUGAACAGCAGCUUCCUGAUAAUCCAGAGAGGUUUCAUUCUGCUUACCUUGUCCUGGGCUCUGAGGGCUUUAACUCAGGGACUCACAGCUGGGAUGUUGAUGUUGGAGAUGGUACAGGGUGGGUACUGGGUGUGUUAGCAGAGUCUGUGCAGAGGAAGGGAAGCAUACGAACUGGAUUAUGGGCUAUAUUGUUUAGUAGAAGAAAAUACUACGCACUCUCACCAUCAGCUGGAUUCACUGCUCUCUCAGUAGAGAAGAAGUUCCAGAGGAUCAGAGUGAAUCUGGACUGGAACAGAGGAAAGCAGUCGUUCUCUGAUCCUGAUACUAACACACACAUACACACCUUCACACACACUUUCACUCACAGGAUGUUUCCAUAUAUUCACACUGAUGGUAAAGUGAAGGUGUGUCCGUUGUUGGUGUCAGUGUCAGUGGAGCAGAUGAGUUGAGGAUGACGAUAUUUCUAAUGUUGUUUCCUGUCAGUGAAUUGAAGCUGUUAAACUGCAGCUGUCCUCCUGCUGCCUCGUUGUUCCAAAGCUCUUUGUUUCUCUUUUAGUUCUCACUGUUUCUUUCUGUUUCUGCUGUCCACCUUUUCACAUGGAAAAUCAUUUCACUGUUUCUCACUGAAUGACUCCCCAAACUAGAUUUGAAAUUCUAUCAAGUUUCUAAUCAUUACAAGUGAUUCAUGUUUCUAUUUGAUGUGUGUAAAUGGAGAUGAUUUAGUUUGCUGGGAUAUGGACUGACAUGUGUUGAAUGGGAGGAGCAGUUUGUUGUUGUCUUCUUGUCUGUUUAUGACAACAAUAAAUAUAUUGUUGAAACAA